AUGGUUUUGUUGGCGGCUUCUAUAUGUACUCGAGAUGGAAAAGCUUUGGUGUCUCGACAGUUUGUUGAGAUGACGAAGGCAAGAAUCGAAGGGCUGAUAGCGACCUUCCCAAAACUCAUUGGUACAGGCAAACAGCAUACUUUUGUUGAAACUGAAUCUGUACGAUAUGUUUAUCAGCCUUUGGAGAAAUUGUACGUUCUCUUGAUAACUACAAAAGCAAGUAAUAUACUUGAGGAUUUGGAGACAUUACGACUUUUUUCACGAGUGAUACCAGAAUAUGGUUGUGGUACAGAUGAAAAUGAUAUCAUAACACACGCCUUCCAACUUAUUUUCGCUUUCGAUGAAGUCAUAGCCUUAGGCUAUAGGGAAGAUGUGAAUCUGUCACAAAUACGAACAUAUACAGAAAUGGAUUCACAUGAUGAACGUGUCUUCCGUGCUGUUCAAGAGAACAAAGAACGUGAUGCAAAGGAACAAAUGAAACAAAGGGCACGUGAGCUUCAACAAGCUCGAAUGGAAAGUGGAAAAUCGAAAGUUGGUCUAAAUCUAACGGAUUACAUGCGUAGAUUGGAAAAUGAUCUAAAUGAGCCGCGCGUUAUCGUUAUGAAGGAUCGUUUGGCGGAUGGAAACGCAGACGGUUUAGGCUUAUCUACUUCAAAUGUUACAAGUGUCUUACCAUCAGUCAAACGUAGUGGUAUGCAGCUAGGUGGUCACCGUGGUCCAAAAGGUAUUGAUGAGUUUGUCGAUCGUUUGAAAGCUGAGGGUGAAGUGGUCAGUGAGGAUGUCAUGAAAAUGGUCAGUGGAUCGGGUGGAAUUGACAACACUGUGUCUGGCUUGCGUUCUACAGUAGCGCAGAAUUCUGUCAAGAAGGAGAAUCUUCAUUUACGUAUUGAAGAGAAAUUAAUCAUUCAAGCUGGUCGAGAUGGUGGUUUAGAAAGUAUGGAAUUACAGGGUACAAUGUUUGCUCAGGCUAAUACAAAUGAAGUAUGUGGAGCUAAAAUCAAAACAGAUACAAGUAUGUGUACAAAUCCCACGAAUACACGUCGACCACCUGUUCAACUGCAAACACAUCCAAAUAUUGAUAAAAAAGUUUUUCUGUCUACUGGAUGGAUUCAAAUCAAGCCUGGCGGUAAACCAUUGCCUAAUGGUCAAGAAGUUGGAAUAUUAAGAUGGCGUUUCCAAACUCAAGAUGAAGGUGCUAUUCCAAUAACAGUUAACUGUUGGCCGAAUGAAAUCCCCGGUGGUUUUGAAGUAAACGUAGAAUACGAGCUACAGGAUACAGAAUUAGAGUUGGAAAACCUAGUCAUGUCGAUACCGUUGCCCCCUUCAUCUAAACCACCACUUAUUGGUAAUUGUGAUGGUGAGUAUGAAUUGAAUCCGCGUAAAACUCAGUUGGAUUGGCGCUUACCAAUUGUCAAUAAUGAAAAUCCAUCAGGAUCUAUUGAAUUCACAUUAAAAACAGAGCGAAGUUCUCAAGCGGAACAGUUUUUCCCAUUGAAAUUAAACUUCAGAUCGAAUAAACCAUAUUGUGGAAUAAAGAUCAUGGAGGCGACUGUUGGCAAUCAGGAUACGCCGAUCGUUUUUUCAUGUGAAUCUAAUUUCUACACAGAAAAAUACGAAAUCAGUUAA